AUGACGACCAAAAGUCAUACCGUCAUCGAUCCCGUUGGAAGUAGGGAACCUGGACCAAAGUCACGAAGCGAGGGAAGGCAACGCCAAAAUUCUAAAGAACAAGUAAAAGACUGUAACACGAGGCAAAGUAGUGGACGGACCCAUAAGGGGCUAAGUACGGUAACACCGGAAAAAACCCCAGGUCCAUACACCCGCAGGUGGAAUGCAACGUGGAGAUCACGAAAGGGUCCUCACAACGACCAAAAUCGGACGAGACUCCCGGAUCGAACAAAAGUGGCAGGGAAGAUCAACACAGCCACCACCCACCAAAGCGGCAGGAAAAGGUCAACAAAGUAUCAGCAGUACAAAGAGAGAGGGGAAACCAACAUCUCACAGGACAACAUGGACUUUACCAGCAAAGCGGGAAAACCAAAAAAGCCAGUCCGGGGAAUACCCGGUACCGAACAACACCGGGGUUUUCCAAAACACAACAACGGGUUUUUCCAAUAA